UUCAGCACCGCGUCUUUGUUGCAUGGCUCGCGGGAAAAGUAUGUUGGCAAUGGCACCUCCCCAGAUCUGAGUCAAAUUCAGGUUUGCUGCGAGGGCUACGAGCGCAAUCCCCAUGUCUAUAAACGAUGCGAUCCUAUCUGUGUGGACGACUGCCCCAAUGGCAUUUGCACAGCUCCCAAUACUUGCGUUUGCAUGCCCGGACAUGUGAGAACGGACGAGGGCAAAUGCAUCUCCACCUGCCCGCUGGGCUGUGGCAAUGGUGUGUGCGAUGAACAGAACGAAUGCCGUUGCCGCGAGGGCUACAAACUGGAUUCCGUUAGCCGCAAGUACUGCCAGCCAGAGUGCAACCCAGGCUGCGGCAACGGCCGCUGUGUGGCACCCAACAAAUGUGACUGCCUCCAAGGCUAUCGCCGUGCGGCUGACGGCAGCUGUACUCCCGUCUGUGAUCACUGCGAGAACGGGCAGUGUAUCAAGCCAGGACAGUGUAGCUGCAACGAGGGCUACGCGAAAGUGGAGGGACGUUGCGAACCUGUCUGCGAUCAGUACGUAUUAAUUUCAUUUGAUUUAACAUGUAGAAUCAGAGACAGUGACAGU